CCUCCACAGGAAAGUCCGUUCGUAUCUGUCCGGGCGAAGCCAAUGAUUUCCGUUUUCUGGUGCCUUAUCGCAUGGAACUUCUGGGUGGUGAAGGGGAGAGGGGAGCGGGUAAAGUUUACUGUGAGUUUGGGGGAGACCGAGGAGGAGACGGUUCCUGUGGGAUUGGAGGAGGAGGAGGAGAAAGAAGAAGAGGGCCCUGUCAAUUUGGGGGAGAAAGAGGAGAUGGAGGAAGAUGUCUCCAUGAGGUUGGACAACGAGGAGGAGAGGAGCCCUGUGAAGUUGUAGGAGCAGCGGGAAAGCAUCCCUGUAAGUUUGAACGAGGAGGAGAGCGUCCCUGUAAGAUUGGAGGGGAAAGAGGACACUGUGAGGUCGGAGGAGGUUGUGCGGUUUCUUGUGAGGUUGGGAGAAGAAGAAAAGGAGGAGGAAGAGGUGGCAGCAGUGGUCCCAGUGAAGAUGGGGUGAAAGGAGGUUCCUGUAAGGGAAGGGCAGAAGGAGGGGGAGGACAUACCUGUGAGGUCAGGUUCAGGACCAGGACCCCUAAUAAAGGUGAGGUUGGGAUUCAAGCAGCAGGGGUUACCGUUGAGAAAGGGAUUGGAAGUGUGGAGCUCAGUGAGGAUGCCCAAGGGAUUCACGACAACAGAGAGGAUGUCAAUAAGAAAGAGUUUUGGCUGCCCAGUGAACAAGAACAGCAGAGCUGGAUGGAACAGGCAUUGAGUACGGCAAAAGGAGCUUUGGAGAAGGGUGAGGUGCCUGUUGGGUGUCUGAUGGUUUACCACGAUGAGAUAUUGGGACAAGGGAAGAAUGAGGUCAAUGAAACUAAAAACGCUACUCGCCACGCGGAGAUGGUCGCCAUUGGCCACGUCUUGGAGUGGUGUCGCCAGAAAGGCAUGAGGUGGCAGGAAGUGUUUAAAGAGACGGUGUUGUACGUCACUGUGGAGCCUUGUAUCAUGUGUGCUGCCGCCUUGCGACUGCUGAACAUUCCACUAGUGGUGUACGGCUGUCGGAAUGAGCGUUUUGGAGGCUGCGGUUCAGUGCUGAAUGUUCCCGCUGAUAAUUUACAACACACUGGAGCACCCUUCCAGUGUAUCGGUGGAUACCGAGCUGAGGAAGCUGUGGAGCUGUUAAAGACCUUCUACAAAGCUGAAAACCCCAAUGCACCAAAAUCAAAAGUACGGAAGAAGGUAUAAUGCCUGCCUCAUCAACCUCACAUUCAUAGAGCACGUGGCACAGCGCUUGGUGGGUUGAGAGAGAAACACUCAGUGUUUCACGUGAACUGACUGGACAGAAGAAGUGCGUGGCGUUCGACUGAGUCGAGACAAAAUACAGAACAAUAACAGCAAUUAUAGGCAGCAUCAGAAUAUCUCGGAGCCUGUUUCCCCGUCUGGUUAACAGCCUCGCCCCUCCAUUCAACCCGCCCAUUCUGACAGUUUAACAGGAUCUCCUUCCUGUGGCACACCUGCAGAAUUCAAUCCCUACCCUCUGCCUUCUGGUCGGGAAUGAGAAUCUAAAUGUCUGCUGGGGUGUAGGGGUGCCAGGUAUGAACAUGUUCCCCACCCCUUUGAUUUGGGUGUAUCACAGCUCGCGGUGAAAUUUAAUCAUCCAAGUGUAAACUUUAUUUCUUAAGUAUCAUUCAUAAAUUACAAUGUUCAUCAAAAUGGCCUUCAUAAAUGAAAGCAUUGAGUACAGGAGAUGGGAUGUUAGGUUGAAGUUGUAUAAAACUUUGGUGAGGCCUAAUUUGGAAUAUUAUGUGCAGUUUUGGACAACUUCCUGCAGGAAAGAUGUAAAUACGUUUGAAAGAGUGGAGAGAAUAUUUACAAGGAUGUUGCUGUGUGUGGAGGACCUGAGUUAUAAGGUAAGAUUGAAUAGGUCAGGACUUUAUUCCUUGGAAAAUGGGAGAUUGAGGGGAGAUUUGAUAGAGGUAUUCAAAAUUAUGAGGGGUAUAGAUAGGGCAAAUGCAAGCAGCCUGUUUUUUUACUGAUUUUGGGUGAGACUACAACUAGAUAUCAUGGGUUAAGGGUGAAAGGUGAAAUGUUUAAGAGGAACAUGAGGGGAAACUUCUUCACUCAGAGGGUGGUGAGAGUGUGGAAUGACCUGUCAGCACAAGUGGUGCAUGUGAGUUCGAUUUCAAUGUUUAAGCGCAUUUUAAAUAGCUACGUGGAAGGGUGAGGUAUGGAGGGCUAUGGUUCGGGUGUAUGUUGAUGGAACUAGGCAGUUUAAAUGGUUCAGCGUGGACGAGAUGGCCCAAAGGACCUGUUUUUUUUUGCUGUACUUUUCUAACACUCUAUAACUCUAUGGUAAGUGAACAAAACGUUUCCCCAAGUGCGUCAUAUUGUGCGUAGGCCACCUGAACAAAAUAUAGCACAAGCACAAGGGUAGAUGGUUAUGAUUUGGCCCUUUUGUAGGUCGUACACUACACUCGAACCUAAUAGAUUGCAGCUCCUCAUGAACACAAGAGAUUCUGCAGAUGUUGGAAAUCUUGAUCACCACACAUUAAAUGCUGGGGGAUCUCAGCAUGUCAGGCAACAUCUAUGAAGGAAAAUGAACAGUUGACGUUUCGUCCCGAAACCCUCAUCAGGAAUGGAUAAAAACAUACCACUUUGGAUAAAGGAGGACGUACUAAUUCAUGAUGGGAUAAUUUAUCCCAACAGCAGUGGCUUAGACAAACAGGCACUGAACCUUGAGAGAUUUGGCUCGUUCACCCACUGAGUAUUCCUCCACUUUUGGCCUCUUGGUAUUCCCUGCUUUUAAUCCCUCAACCACUGGCAAGGCCUUACAUAUGGAAUUCCUUUCUCUCUCUCUCGUUCCUCUUUGAGAGGAUUCUUUAAGCUUCAUCCUAAUCAAGGUUUCAGGUCCUCUGUUCCAAUCCACUCUUGCAGUUUGAUUACCAAUCCUGCUCAAAUACACUCCUUGUGAUAUAUUGCUCAGGUACAUUGAGGGUGCAUAAUAAGUGCAAGUGACCGUUGCUUUGUGGGUGCAAGGGGAGGUAGGGAGGAGUGCAAAGUUCAGAAAGUUCAAAGUAAAUUUAUUAUCAAAUUAUGGUUAUGUUGGCAUCUUCGACGCUGAGAUUCAUUUCAUUGCAGACAUUUGCAGGGGGAAAAAGAAAUAUGAUUAAAUUUACAAAAAAAAAUACGUGCAGACAGAGCCUGACAAACAACCAAUGUGUAAAGAAGAGAAACUGUACAAAUAAAAUAAUACUGAGAACUUGAGUUGUAAAGAGUCCUUGAAAGUGAGUCUGCAUGUUGUGGAAUCUGUUCAAAGUUGUGGUGAGUGAAGGUAUCCACACUGGUUUAGGAACCUGACGGCUGAAGGGUAAUAACUGUUCCUGAAUCUGGUGGUGUGGGACCCAAGGCUCUUGUACCUCCUGCCCUGAUGGUCCCAGCGAGAAGAGAGCAUUGCCUGGAUGGUAGGGGUCUUUGAUGGUGGAUGCUGCUUUCUUGUGUCAGAGCUCCUUGUAGGUGUGUUAAUUAGUGAAGAGGGCUCUGCCCGGGAUGCAAGUUGCACUUGUCGUCUUGGACCUGAGAUUGGCCAGGGUGGGCAGGCACAGUGCAGUGGAAUGGUGCAGGGAAGAUCCACCAGGACGCUGUCUCAGAUGAAGUAUUUCAGUCAUGAGUGGUUGCUUUCCUUGGAGUAGGUGAGGCUGAGGAGAAAUAAUGAUAGCGGUUUAGAAAGUUACGAGAAGUGGAUAGGAUCGAUGGUGAGAAGCAUUUCAGCAAGGCAAAGUCAAGGAACCACAGACCAAUCCUCAUUGAGGGAUCAGCAGUGGAAAGGAUGAGCAGUUUAAGUUCCAGGGUGUCAGCAUCCCUCCUGGGUCCAACAUAUUGAUGUAAUUCACAAGACAACAGCUGUACAGUAUUUCAUUAGGAGUUUGAGGAGAUUUGGUAUGUCACCAAAGACACUCGCAAAUUUCUACAGAUGUAAUGCAGAGAGCAGUCUAACUGGUUGUAUUACGGUCUGGUAUGGAGCGGCCACUGCACAGGAUCAGAAAAAGCUGCAGGAAAUUGUAAUCUCAGCCAGUUUCAUCAUGGGCACUAGCCUCCCCGGCAUCGAGGAAAUCUUCAAAAGGCAAUGCAUUAAAAAGGCAGCAUUCAUCAUUAAAGAUGCCCUUUUCUGAUCGUUACCAUCAAGGAGGUACCUGAGCCUGAAGACAUACAGUCAGUGUUUCAGGAGCAGCUUCCCCUCUGGCGUCAGAUCUCUGAAUGGACAAUCAACCCAUGAAUACUACUCACUCAUUUUUUAUUUGCUCUCUUUUUGCACUACUUGCUUAAUUUAAUGUGUAUGUGUGUGUGUAUAUAUAUAUAUUUCUUUCUUUUUGUACUUUAUAUUUUUCUGUAUUGCAAUAUUCUGCUACCACAAAACAACACAUUUCACAACAUAUGCCAGUGAUAUUAAACCUGAUUCUUAUUCUGAACAGUAUGCCAUAGCAAUGGUGUAUAAAACUGGAUGGCAUUAGCUUAAGGUAAAAGCCAAGGGUUCUGAAAGAGAACUUUCUCAUCCAAAAUGUGGUUGGAGUUUGCACAGUUCCAGUUGGAGGGCGUGAAGGAGGCUGAGAUUUUUGCAACUUUUUAUUGUACCUAGAAUGAGCUUUCAGAUGACAAAUUCACAUAACAUAAGGCUAGGAAUUGAAUGCUGGUGCUGGUGAAGUUUGAGGAGAUUUGGUGUGUCAUCAAAGACUGAAAAUUUCAUGGAUCAUUCUCAUUGCCAAUUAAUAAAUCCAGUGGCGGAGGGGAAGAAUCAUUGAGUGUUUCUCCACUAAGUCUUGCAAGACACAAUUCCAACACAGAGUAGAUCUUUAUCAAGCACCCUUAUUACUUGCAAGGGGAAAAUUCACCUCUACUCCCACUAGGGAUGGUAGACUUCCAACACGCUGUUAACAAAGGGUUCUUUUUAUAUGUAAUGCUCCAGUAAGGGUUUCACUGAUAACGUGGGGUAUUUCAUGUAGUGGUCUUUCUGUAGAAGCAGUAUUUGGGUUAUUGUUAGAGAUAGUGGGUGCUUCAGAAUGUGAGCCAUCCAAUCAGGAGAGAAGGAUGGGGAGCAAGGUUUUCUUGUGCCUGACGCCGACCGGUGUGAGCUUUUAGUCUUUGACGGGAGAUGAACAGAGAACAUAGAAUAGUACAGCACAGUACAGGCCCUUCAGCCCACAAUGUUGUGCCAACCCCUAAACCCUGCCUCCCAUAUAACCCCCCACCUUAAAUUCCUCCAUGUACCUGUCUAGCGGCCUCUUAAACUUCACUAGUGUAUCUGCCUCCACCACUGACUCAGGCAGUGCAUUCCACGCACCAACCACUCUGAGUAAAAAACCUUCCUCUAAUAUCCCCCUUGAACAUCCCACCCCUUACCUUAAAGCCAUGUCCUCUUGUAUUGAGCAGUGGUGCCCUGGGGAAGAGGCGCUGGCUGUCCACUCUAUCUAUUUCUCUUAAUAUCUUAUAUACCUUUAUCAUGUCUCCUCUCAUCCUCCUUCUCUCCAAAGAGUAAAGCCCUAGCUCCCUUAAUCUCUGAUCAUAAUGCAUACUCU